UGCCGAGAGAGAGAGAGAGAGAGAACGGCAGAAGAAGAGGAGGAAGAAGAAUAAGAAGCAGCAGCAGCAGCAGUAGCAACAACAGCUACGACACAACAGUAGCAACAGCAGCUACGAUCACUGGUUCGAUCCCUCCUCUUUCCGAUCUGUUCUUGCUUUUCUUCUUCUUCUUCUUCUUCCUAUUUUUUGUUCGCUCCAGAAAACAAAACCCAGCAGAUUGGGGGUUGGGAAAAUGGGGAUAAGGAGGGUUUAAAAUCGUCCAAUUUCCAGGGGAUUAGGGGGGAUAAUUUAUGGAUACCUCAGACCCUGGCCGAAGAUAAUACCGGCCUUUGCCCUCUUCUCCGGUCUUAACGAAGGAAAAGGGAUAAAGGAAGACCCCUGAUUUUGGCUUCCCAAACCACGCCUAAGAGGUGGGCCCAGGUAUAAGAGAGGGGUAUUAAACAAUCCCAGGGCCGAAUCCUGCAUCCAAGCAGGCCCCUAGGGUACUAUAACCUUAAGGUCAGUCCAAGAUUUAGCAGUCUUUUCUGAUAACCCUUUUCAAGAGAAUAUGAUAUAGUAUCGGUGUAAAAGAGUAUUAUAGCAACUACCGCGGCGCCCACUCAAAAAAUGGUACUAGAACACAGAAGAUGGUAAAGUUAAGAGUGGCGUCAAGCGAACGACUCGGACCACCCAAACCACUUGGAGCAAUGCCUAACUUUGUUUUGAAAGUAAGCGACUCCUGACUUGUUCAUAUAAACUGGACUGGCCCUAUAGUAAGAUGGCGGGAGAUAAAACUGCUCUUCUCUCUCUCUCUCUCUAAGCCGAUGACCUCUCCGAUGAUACAUUUUGCCAAUCAGAUAAGCCAAGCUCUCAUCUCCGCAUCAAAACGCUCACUCGCACCCCGCAAAUGGACUCCUUCGCUCGAGCAAACCCUCCACCGACUCGGUUGCCGCGAUUCACUAACACCCUCACUCGUCGCCCGAGUCAUCGACCCCUUCCUCCUCAACCACCACGCUCUCGCUCUCGGCUUCUUCGACUGGGCCUCUCAACAACCAGGCUUUUCCCACACCUCUACUACCUACCAAUCCAUUCUCAAGUCCCUCUCUAUCUCCCGCCGCCAUUUCAACGCCAUCGACAAGCUCUUGAACCAAGUCAGAGCUCAAAAGAUUGGUAUCGAUCCUUCCGUGUAUUCCUCCAUUAUCGCUUCAUUAAUAAGAGGGAAAAGGACACGUGAUGCGCUUACGAUUUUCAAUGAGGUCAGUUACGAGGUUAGUUAUGGUUUAGGGUCUGGUGUUUGUAAUUCGCUUCUGGCCGUUCUGUCUUCCGAUGGGUAUAUGGGUGAUGCACGCAAGGUGUUUGAUGUAAUGGUUGUAAGAGGUGUUAGUAUGAGUACGGUUGGGUUUGGUGUUUACGUGUGGAGGUUUUGUAGAAAUGUUGAAGUAUGCGAGACUUUAAGUUUGUUAGAUGAGGUUAGGAAAGGUGUUUCGGGGGUUAAUGGGUCGAUAAUAGCGGUUUUGAUUAUUCAUGGCCUUUGUUUGGAGUCAAGGGUGGCGGAUGCUUUAUGGGUAAUGGAUGAACUGAGGAAUAGGGACUGUAAACCUGAUUUCAUGGCGUAUAGGAUUGUUGCGGAAGCAUUUCGGUUGAUGGGAAGUGUUGUUGAUGUGGAGGUGGUGUUGAAGAAGAAGAGAAAGUUAGGGGUGGCACCGAGGGUUAAUGAGUACCGCGAGUUUAUUUUCGCUUUGAUUUCUGAAGGACGGAUUUGGGAAGCGAAAGAAUUGGGUGAAGUAAUUGUGAGUGGAAAUUUCCCAAUUGAGGAUGACGUGCUCGUUGCUUUGAUAAGAUCAAUAUCGAUUAACUAUCCCUGUUCUGCAAUGUUGUUUUUUAAGUUUAUGGUGGGAAAGGAGAGAGUUCCUACUCUUCUUACACUGAGCAAUUUGAGUCGGAAUCUCUUCAGGCACGACAAAAUUGACGAACUCUUGGAGGUUUUCCAGAUUUUGUCCACCAAAGAGUACUUCUCGGAUAUGGCAAGUUACAAUGUGAGGGUUUCAUUUUUGUGCAAGGCUGGGAGGGUAAAAGAAGCUUAUGAGGUUCUUCAAGAGAUGAAGAAGAAGGGAUUGUGUCCUGAUGUAUCUUUCUACAAUUACCUUAUGGAGGCAUGCUGCAGAGAAGAUCUACUUCGUCCUGCAAAAAGGCUGUGGGAUGAGAUGUUUGCGAGUGGGUGUGGUGGGAAUUUGAAGACUUACAACAUCCUUAUCAGCAAGUUUUCCAAAACAGGUCAGGCUGAAGAGGCUCACAGGCUCUUUUGUCACAUGUUGGAGAAAGGGUUAGUACCUAAUGCUAUGACUUACACAUUUCUCCUUGAAGGGCUUUGUAAAGAAAAAAGGGUUAAGGAUGCUCUUGAAGUCUUUGACAAGUCUGUCAAACAGGAUGCCAUGUUAGCACAAAACCUGCUGACUACAUUUGUCCUCUAUCUUUGUAAAGAAGGUCAUUUUCAUGCUGCUUCUAGGUUACUUUGUGGUAUCAUUUCUGAUGUAGGACAGUCAGACUCCCAUGUCAUCUUGCUGAAAUGCUUACUUGAGGCUGCGGAGAUCCCAGUUGCAAUUGAACACAUAACAUCAGUUGGAAAGAAUUCAGCUUCAAUGUUGCCAGCAAUAUGCAAUAAACUUGUAGCGUCAGUUUCAUCUUUAUCGAAAGCAAAGCCUCUUUUACAGUUGCUUCAAUCAAUGCAGGAGAGAUGUCCCAACUCUGAAAGACUGAAUUAGGAUACUUCAAUCGAUAUGCUUAACCAUUGACUUCUGAGAAAUGUUUGAUCACCAUUAUUUGAUUGGGAAUAAUUGAAGGUUUUCUUACGGUUAUAAGGGCAAAUGGCGGUUCCUCGUGGUAAGUUGUUUGCUUCCAAUGAUGCUUCAGAGCAGGUACUUCUCCUUUCAUAUAAGGAGAUUCCUUAAUAAUGCCUGGUUAGGUAUGGUACCAUUUGGUGUACAUUUGAUCCCUAAGACAUAACUUUGUUCCUAUGUAGAAGAAAGAAAACAGGAAAAACUAGUACCUUUAAGGUAUUUAGGAACAUAAGAUGCAUAAUAGUCUUUGCUGUUUAUGUGUUCUGUUAGACAUAAUGUCUCCGUGCUUAGAAUCACCUCGUGUACCUCGUGUUGUUCUUAUGUAGAAGAAAGGAAACAGGAAAAAGUAGUACCUUUAACGUGUUUGGGAACAUAAGAUGCAUGAUAGUCUUUGCCGUUUAUGUUUUCUGUUUGACAUAAUGUCAUAAUGUCCUCUGUGCUUAGGAUCACCUCAUGUUACGAAACCCUCCCCAGUGCGCCUCUGUUGAACAUCUAUGAUUAUUAUUGUGAAAUUCGAUUUCACCUUCACUUUCUGCAUUUUUUGAUUUUACUAACCAACCUACUUUGUCCAACCGUUUAUAAAAAGAGGGAGUUCAUGGGUUGUAUUUUGCCGAUUUGGGACACAUUUGCCCCUCGAUUGCAAACGGUGCCCACUUAGGGAGGUGGGUAUUUCCGUCUUUUCGGUUUGAUCCAGAAAAUGUGAACUUUAUUAGGCCACGUCUCCCCCCUGUCCUUUCCUUCGUCUUCUGCUUCAAAGGAGAACAAAGAGAGAGAGAGAGGGUGGAGUUCUUGGGCGAUUUCCAAUUUCUCCGUGCUUGCCUCCGCUUGUGGGUAAUUGUUUUCGCUGUUAUUUUAACGUUUUCUUGUUUUCCGUCUUCCGUGCUCACGUCUUGUGGUCUGUGGUUUUGGCAGUUUGGGUUGCGUAGGUUUUUUGGGGUGCUUUGGCUAUGUGCCUUGCGUUGAACUUGUGGUUGGUUGGGUAGAAUUCUCUCUCUCUCCCCUACCGCUUCACUCCAAGCCCUAAUUCCUUCCUCAAACCCCCAGCCAUGGACAACAACAACCCGACCUCCUCGCCACCGCCCCCCCCAACUCACCCUGGACGACGCCUGCCCCCCCCCCCCUUCACCCACGACCAGCUCCUCCGGUAUGGGCCCUGUGCCACGAAAGGGUUGGUACUUGCUCUCUUCUGAUGUUUUCUCCCUCUUUUGCUCCUCCUUCUGUACGUGUGGUUGCUGUGUCGUCCUCCGGUAUGAGGUGAGUACUCUCGGAUCUCUUGUUUAGGGUUAUUUUUUUGGUAAAAUUCGGUGUUUUUGGGGGGUUUGCUUUUAUUUUACCUCGAGUUGUUGGUUGUGCUUGUUUGCGAGUGUCAGGCUGUUUGUGAUUACUGUUUGUGGUUAUGAAUGUGGUGGGUACAUUUCUUUGAAUAUUUCCCUUGUUGUGCAUCGAAGCUGUGUUAGGUUUUCCGGUCGUGGGUUUUGAGUUUGAUGGUUGGUUCUGCAGCGUUUCAUUUGUUUGCUAUUUUCCGUGGUUUGUUCAGUGUGCGGGGUGUUCUAUUGUGUCUUGCUCUUUUUCUUCCUGCUCGAAGUAAUUUUGGUUUUUCCUCUUAUCCUACCAUUAAUAAUAAGAAGCAUCAAAUGUAAAGGUAAUAUUGUUACUGAUUUUGGCAAGAAAAACUGGUGCAAUGUUCGGAAGGUAUUUUGCUGGCUACCGGUUUAGGCAAGGGAAACCGGUGCGCCAUUCGGAAGUGAUCAAUAGGGUGCAGGGAUACUGGAAAAUAGUGACAGAGCCCUGUUUCUUGGCGACGAAAGGGGGGUUUACCCUAUUUCGGUCAGAUCAAAGUGGAUUUCGUUGGUUUGGUUCAGUAGCUGAUCUGAAACACCAUGACAAGCCGCCUAAUCGAACUGAUGAGGACUGUACAUCUGUUGCAGUUUUGACUAAUAUGGACCUGCGGGAAGGUCUAACGCCGGAGCUUAAAGGCUUGGUCUUCAGCUCCUUGUAAUCUUAAAUUCAGCUUAGAUCUGACAUUCCCUAAAUUCCAAAUUGAUAGCAGAAUAAUAUUCACCUUACCCGGUCAGGUAUACCUUUUGUUUUCGCUGUGGAUUCUUUCCAACCCACUCGGAUGAUCCAAUUCCUUUAGGUCCGUGCCACCAUACUUCUAUGAAAAACUCUAUCUGAUAAUCAAAGUUCCAUGAUUUCAAUCAUUAGGGAUUGGAAAGCAAGAGGAGGACUAUUUUACUGCGGAACAAAACUCGAUAUAGAGUUAGAGGGAGACAGAGGAGAUUGCAACGAAGCAGGAGUAGCUUUUGAGUAACGUGAGAAGGAUCGAAGCAUCUGCUUUCUUGAUCGCUAUUACCAUGAAGCGAUGUACCAGAAAAUUCCGGCAAUUACCCAGGGUUUCCUUGAAUGCUGAUAUGCCUUGGACCAGCAGCAGCAUGAAGAGACUAAUCUAUAUUCAAAUAUUGUGCUUGGAUCAUGGAUUUUAGAAAUUUUAAUAACAUGGGAUUUGAGAAUGAUAUGGAAAAAAGAAAUAUAUUUUGCUCCUUCUCAUCACAUUUUGUUGUAUUUCCGUUUAACUAUUUUAGAUCUCCAUAAAUUCCUUUUCAGUUCCAUGAUUGUAGCCCAACUUAUAUUGGAUUGUGUGGUUUUCUCAGAUUGUGUAGUCUUCUUUCUCCUCUA